AUGGCUGAGUUCUUAUUUCCUGGUACCAACAACUUCCGUAAGUUCACGUUUGAAUCCUUAGCUGCUAUUGAGAAGAGAAUUGCUGCCAAGAAGACUUGUGAAAGAAAUGCUGGAGACCAGAGAUCUCAGGAGAAACCACGCCCUCAGCUGGACCUAAAAGCGUUCCAGAAGUUACCUGCUCUCUAUGGAAAUCCUCCUCCGGAGCUCAUUGGGGAACCGCUGGAGGAUCUUGACCCGUACUACAAAGAUCGCAAGGUUUUCAUAGUGCUGAACAAACAGAAAACAAUCUUCAGAUUUACUGCCACACGUGCCUUAUGGAUCCUGAGCCCCUUCCAUCCACUUCGAAGAAUAGCAAUUAAAAUUUUAGUACAUUCGUUGUUCACUUGGUUUAUUAUGUGCACUAUUAUAACUAACUGCGUGUUCAUGGCUCUGACUGAGUCAUCUAAGGUUUCUCAGUCUCCUUGGAGCAAGAAUGUUGAAUUCACCUUCACUGGCAUUUACACUUUUGAAUCGUUGAUAAAAAUAUUGGCAAGAGGAUUCUGCCUAAACGAAUUUACUUUCCUUCGAGAUCCGUGGAACUGGUUGGAUUUCAGUGUUAUCGUGGUGGCGUAUGUGGGAGCAUUUAAUCGCCCAGGCAGUGUGUCGGUGUCGGUCCUUCGGACGUUUAGGGUUUUGAGAGCUUUAAAAACUAUUUCUGUAGUCCCAGGACUCAAGAUCAUUGUAGGCGCACUCAUCCAGUCUGUUAAGAAACUUGCUGAUGUGAUGAUCCUGACUGUUUUCUGCCUGAGUGUCUUUGCCCUCAUCGGCCUCCAGCUUUUUAAGGGCAAUCUGAGACAAAAGUGUAUCAGGAACUACACAAAGCUCAGUGGUGUUGUUUAUUCCAAUAACAAAGCAUGGGACUCCUUUGAAAUGUUUGCUAAUGAUACAGCAAACUUUGCUAAGAAGGAGGGUACCUCGGAUAUUUUACUAUGUGGUGCUGGUGCUGGGACCUGCCCUCCAGAAUAUGUGUGCGAGAAAGUUGGGGCAAAUCCUGAUUAUGGUUUCACCAGUUUUGAUACUUUUGGCUGGGCCUUUCUAUCCUUGUUCCGACUGAUGACACAGGACUGCUGGGAGCGCCUCUAUCAGCAGACGCUCAGAGCUUCUGGGAAGGUGUAUGUACUCUUCUUUAUGCUGGUCAUCUUUCUGGGCUCAUUUUAUCUAGUCAACUUGAUUCUGGCGGUGGUAACGAUGGCAUAUGAAGAUCAGAACAAGGCGACCAUUGCUGAAACUGAGGCAAAGGAAAGGAAAUUUCGGGAAACCAUGGAAUUACUACAGAAAGAACAGGAGUUAUUGGCUCUUAGAGGAAUUGACAUCAUGUCAGUUAGCUCCUUUGAAACCGCUUCUUGGUCUGCAAAAGAAAUCAAAGAAAGAAGCAAUAGGAAAAAGAGAAAUAAGUCCCUGGGGAUAGAAGAUUAUGAAGAAGAAGAACAAUUUCCCAAGUUACAGUGCACAGACAGUCAACGAAAGUUGGCUCUCCUUGGCCUGGUGCACGGUCCCAACGCAAACCAGGUGAAACGCAGACUUAGCCAUGGGAGUGUUUUUAAUAUCCAAAUACCUGGUUCCAAAGCUGAUUUUGGCGAUGAGGAGACCCACAGUGCCGGGGAAAACGAAUUCCAGCAUCAGUCGCUGUUGGUCACACAGAUGGGAAGGCGCUCCAGCGUGCAAAGUCAAGUGAGCCACAGUUCUCACUCUGCUACCCAAAAUUACCUGCAGAGUGGUGGGAACUGGGCCAACACAGACGAUUGCAAAGGACCUACUUCAUCAGUGGGAGGAGGGAACAGCAGGGUGCACAGCCUAGAUCCAGCUUCUUUGGAAGGGUUGACUCUCCCUCCGGUUAUGGAAGACCCAGGGAAGGGUGACUUGCAGCCAGCUGUAACUGAUGAGAACAGCGUGAUGCAUUUGCCUGCUCAUCUGUCAGUGGAGUACUUUAAUGAGGCACUUCAGAGACAAAGGGCAGCAAGUGUAGUCAGCAUAAUUACCACUGUCUUGGAGGAACUUGAAGAAUCCCAGUGGAGAUGCCCACCAUGUCUGAAAAAUUUUGCUUUAAAGUAUCUGAUUUGGGACUACUGUCCACUUUGGUUGAGAAUCAAGAAAAAAGUGGCUGCUUUCAUAAAGGAUCCUUUUACUGAUCUCACCAUCACUAUCUGCAUUGUGAUGAACACUUUGUUUAUGGCACUGGAGCACAACGACAUGACAGAUAGUUUUAAAUCAAUGCUUAAUGUAGGCAACUUGGUCUUUACAGGAAUCUUCACUGCAGAAAUGAUCUUGAAAAUCAUUGCUCUAGAUCCCUAUUAUUAUUUUCAGCAGCACUGGAAUAUUUUUGACUGUGUAAUUGUCAUGUUGAGCUUGGUUGAACUGAGUCUUCCCAAACACAGAAGCAAGAAAGAGAGGAGAAAAGGAGGAAUCGUGUCAGUUUUACGAUCCUUCAGACUGCUGAGGGUCUUCAAACUGGCAAAGUCCUGGCCAACUUUAAACACUCUUAUUAAAAUCAUUGGUGACUCAUUGGGUGCCCUGAGUAAUCUAACCCUCGUCCUGGCAAUCAUAGUUUUUAUUUUUGCUAUAGUAGGGAUGCAGCUCUUUGGGAAAAGUUAUGGGGAUAACAGCCAUAAAAUAGCUAAAAAUGGCCAGCCACGCUGGCACAUGAUGGACUUUUUCCACUCGUUCCUUAUAAUCUUCCGAAUUCUGUGUGGAGAAUGGAUUGAGACCAUGUGGGACUGCAUGGUGGUAGCUGACCGAACGUUUUGCCUCCUUGUCUUUUUGCUGGUCAUGGUGAUAGGAAAUUUAGUGGUUCUCAACCUGUUCAUUGCACUACUACUGAAUUCCUUCAGUACUGACUGUCUCCAGACAGCAGAAGAUGAUGGAGAGAUGAAUAAUCUUCGGAUUGCCUUUGCUCGGAUUCACAAGGGAUUUCACCUUGUAAAAAGCGUUACUUGGGAUACCUGUUGCAGAAAGCUCAGGCAUCUGAAAAAACCACAUGGAAAGAAAAUUAAAUUGGCUGCCCAGGACCAAAUUGGUCCUGUUUUUGGAACACAAGGAAAAAUCUGUAAAGAGAAUUAUAGUAAUGAAGGAGCUGAGAAAAAUGAGGACAAAUACUCCAGUCCUGAAGAUUUUAUUAAUAAUCCCAAUAUAUUUGUUUGUGUUCCUAUUGCUGAGGCAGAGAAUACAAGUGAGGGUUUUGAAGAUGAUGAUAAACUGAGUGCAUUUACAGACACAGAGUGCAACAAAAUGGAGGAAAAUCAGCUGAGGCAAAGGGGAGAACGAGGGAAAAGUUCAGGAAGCUGGAGUAAAGGAUCGGGAUUUUCCUCUGAAGAAUUCAGUGUGCCUUGCCUAGGAGAGGACAGGAAGGCGUCAGCAGAGCAGAAAGAGUUUGACAAUGUCAGCUCUUCUGAAGGCAGCACAGUGGAUCUGACGAAUCCUGAAGACCUUUUGAGGCAAAUUCCAGAGUUUGCGGAAGACUUGAAGAACCCAGACACAUGUUUCCCAGAAGGCUGCGUUCGACACUUUCGUUGUUACACGGGGAAAGCGAUAAACUUGGGAGGACAGACAUGGUGGAACCUGAGAAAAACUUGCUACCGUAUUGUUGAACAUUCCUGGUUCGAAUCCUUUAUCAUAUUCAUGAUUCUUCUGAGCAGUGCAGCCCUGGCAUUUGAAGAUAUCCAUAUCAAAGACAGAAAAAGUAUUAAAAUUAUGCUGGCAUUUCUUGACAAAAUAUUCACUUUCAUCUUUGUUCUGGAGAUGCUCCUGAAAUGGGUAGCUUAUGGCUUCAAGAAGUAUUUCACCAAUGCCUGGUGCUGGCUGGACUUCCUUAUCGUACACGUCUCUCUAAUAAAUCUCAUAGGUAGUUCAUUUGGUGGCAUGAAAUCUCUGAGGACUCUCCGAGCUCUGAGACCCUUGAGAGCGUUGUCACGGUUUGAAGGGAUGAGGGUGGUGGUCAAUGCCCUCGUGGGAGCCAUCCCUUCCAUCAUGAAUGUCCUGCUCGUCUGCCUCAUCUUCUGGCUCAUCUUUAGCAUCAUGGGAGUGAACCUGCUUGCUGGAAAGUUUGGGAAAUGUGUCAAUUUGACAGAAGAAGAUUCAGAAUUAAAUAGUUCUAUUAAAAACCUCUCAGACUGUAAAACUUAUAAUAACACAGGAAAAAUAUUCUGGGUCAAUGUUAAAGUCAAUUUUGAUAAUGUUGGCUCCGGUUACCUGGCUCUUCUUCAGGUGGCAACAUUUAAAGGUUGGAUGGACAUUAUGUAUGCAGCAGUAGAUUCACGAGAGAAAAAUGAACAGCCAGAAAUGGAACAUAAUCUGUUCAUGUAUCUCUACUUUGUGAACUUCAUCAUCUUUGGAUCUUUCUUUAUCCUGAAUCUCUUUGUUGGUGUUAUUAUUGACAACUUCAACCAACAGAAGAAAAAGAUAAGUGGGGAAGAUAUCUUUAUGACAGAAGAACAGAAAAAAUAUUACAAUGCAAUGAAAAAGCUGGGAUCCAAGAAGCCUCAAAAGCCUAUUCCAAGGCCAUUGAACAAAUACCAAGGGUUCCUUUUUGACAUUGUAACACGUCAAGCCUUUGAUGUUAUCGUCAUGAUUUUCAUCUGCCUCAACAUGAUCACCAUGAUGGUGGAAACGGACAACCAAAGUGAAACAAAAACUAACGUUCUUAACAAAAUCAACAUUCUCUUUGUUGCUAUCUUUACUGCAGAAUGCAUAUUGAAAUUGGUGGCUCUGAGGCAAUACUAUUUCUCGAAUGCUUGGAACAUAUUUGAUUUAGUUGUUGUGAUCAUGUCACUUACUACCCUACUGCUUUCUGGCAUCGGUAAAGCAUUGGAACAUUUCUUACCACCUACACUCUUCAGGGUCAUUCGCUUGGCUCGAAUUGGACGAAUACUAAGGCUCAUCCGGGCUGCCAAAGGAAUUCGAACUCUCCUUUUUGCCUUAAUGAUGUCCCUACCUGCUCUGUUCAACAUUGGCCUCUUGCUUUUUCUGGUCAUGUUCAUUUAUGCCAUUUUUGGCAUGGCUAAUUUUGCCUAUGUGAAGAUGGCAGAUGGCAUCGACGAUAUGUUCAACUUCCAAACCUUUGCUAACAGCAUGCUCUGUCUCUUCCAAAUCACAACGUCAGCUGGCUGGGAUGGUCUUCUCAGUCCCAUUUUAAACACUGGGCCACCAUAUUGUGAUCCAAACGUAGGUGAAUGUGGUAAACCUGCCAUAGGCAUUAUUUAUUUUGUAAGUUACAUCAUUAUAUCAUUUCUCAUUGUUGUAAACAUGUACAUAGCUGUUAUUUUAGAGAACUUCAAUGUUGCUACUGAGGAAAGUACAGAGCCUCUAGGUGAAGAUGACUUUGACAUAUUUUAUGAAGUCUGGGAGAAGUUUGAUCCUGAAGCAACUCAAUUUAUAACUUUCUCUGCACUUUCAGACUUUGCAGAUGCUCUGGCUGAACCUUUACGUGUACCAAAGCCGAACAAAGUUGAACUCAUAGCAAUGGACCUGCCCAUGGUCAGUGGAGACAGGAUCCAUUGCUUGGAUAUUUUGUUUGCUUUUACCAAACGAGUGUUAGGAGACUCUGGGAAUAUGGAUAGUCUGAAGGUACAAAUGGAGGAGAAAUUCAUGGUUGCUAAUCCUUCCAAAAAAUCCUAUGAGCCAAUCUCCACUACACUUAGACACAAACAAGAGGAAGUUUGUGCUACUGUCAUCCAACGUGCAUACCGGAAUCAUUUGCUCCAGCGCUUCACAAAACAGGCUCCUUACCAGUACCAUCUCAGAUCUUGCAAUGGUGAUGUUCUUGAAGAGGAUGCUCCAGAAAAAGCGGGAUUUAUUGAAUCUAUGAUGGAUGAAAACUAUGGUAGCAGUAUAGACAAGUCUGAAACUUUGUCCUCAACAUCUUUUCCUCCAUCAUAUGACAGUGUCACAAGAGCCAGUAUGGGCAAUCUCGUAGUUGAGAAUGAAGAAUUUUCAAAUAAUCAACAGUCUCCAGGUAUUAAAUAG